AUGUCAUCACAACCACCGUCACGAGGUGGUGGCGCCAGUAGUGGUGCCAACGGUGGAGGCAGCAGUGGCACAAUGACAUGGGCAUCGUCGCGACGUCUGGUCAUCACCAAUGACGUGCCACAGAUAGUUGUAGCUAAUAGCACCACUUCGCGAUGUCACGAUCGAGGCGGGACCGUGUUCACAUCAUACUCUUCGCGUGGCGCGAGUUCACCAAAUACACGAGGAGGAGGAUUUCAAGCUGGUCGCGGCGGUUGUAGUACAGGCUAUCAGAUAAGGAAUUCGUCAACAGCAAGAGGAGGAGCCAGCUAUUAUGCAUGGAGAAGCAAUUCGAACAUUGUCCCAAGCAGUCGGUGUGGCGCUGUACCCGUGACUACAUAUUAUCGCGGAGGAAGUGCCUAUCAAACACGAACACCGAAUUUUUACCCCCGUAGCACGAUAUCAGCCGGGGUCAACCUACCAGGAGUUACUAACCGCCCCACUCAGAACGAUCCUACCGUAACAGCUCCAAAAUUCUUCCCAAUGUCACUGAAUGCGACGCCACAAUUCGUCGACAAUGUGGGCAUACCAUUACAGUAUCCGCUGCCUAUGAGACGUAUAACGCAUCAGCUUCAGCCAAUGUCACCACGUCGAGAUAUGCGUCUGCAGACACCUACGGCGAUUAUGGUAUCCAAGAAAGCCCCAAUAGGUGUGGAUGUAUCAUGUGGUGGCCCCACGGCUCACUCGAGUGCCAGAAGCGGUGGUGACGCGACUAAUGAGACCAAUCGUACCACGGAAGCGAAGGAGGCGAAUGCCUCUGAGUUGACGGAAGCGAAUCGAGGCGAUGCUGAAGAGAACGAAGAUGAUGGCAGUGAUUCAGCAGAUCUUUUGCGAAAUAAUGAAGAUACUUGGGACUUUUGGGAUCGCGUCUAUAGUGAUCCGGAACUGCGACAAAGCAUGCAAGAGCGACAGCGAGAUUCUCCCAUGGCUGAACUACUGCACUCAGACAAGCUUUGCAAGGCUCAGCUGAUAUUCUUGAAUGUUCCGAGACUAGCCUACGGGCAGCAACAUGUUGUGCGUAGUCUCAUCCAUCGCGAAAUUAAUUCAAAUCUUCCUAUUUUAGACAUUCAUAUUACGUAUAGAAAAUGGACUGUCCGCUUUUAUCGCAGCGAAGAUGCUGUGCAAGUGCUGCGUCACUUCAAUGGAUUUUCUUUUAGAAAUCAUAAAUUGCUCGUAAGAGCUUGCCAGAACAAUGUUGCUUUUGGUGACAUAGCAUCGCUAGAGGAAGCAGCUCAGAUGGAAAGUGAAGAACGACGUGCUCUUCCUGACGCCUCCUCAGACAAUCGAAUAGAACAUGAUGCGAUUUGGACACUAGCUGAAUGGAAAGAUAUUGUAGAGUUCAAAAAAGAUUUAAUCUCGAUUUUGGAAGGGAAGCAGGCUGGAAUGGUUUUGAGAGAAGCGCUCAAUGAAGCUCGUGUCACACAACGUCGCGGUUUUGUUUCUGCAGCCGCCGAGUUCUGGCCUACCGGAUUCAUUCGAAUUUUCCUACCUGAGAUCAAGGCUAUUGGACGCUGUGUCUGUCUAGCAGGACAUGAAGAUAUGGCAGCGCUUGUCAGAAGAGCUGCUCAAGAGGGAACGCCACGAUUGAUGACGGACACUUGGGAACCGAUCCCACCAUGCGAAAUUCGUACCGAACAGCAUAUGCUUAGUUAUUUGGCUGCAUUUUUGGGACAUUUUGGGCCACAGCACACAAUUAUCGACAUUCCAUUGAGAUUACUGUUGAAAUCGUUAUCAGGAAAUUGGCCUGCAACAGGGCCAGCGUUGGCAGAAUGGGCAACAAAGAGAUCUUAUCAAUUCAUAGUCAUGUUUGAAGUAUUAUAUCUAGCAUCUAGCAUAAGACAUCGUCGUAUCCUAGUUGAAGCUGUGCAGCCCCUCUCAUCAUUGAAGUUCAAAUUUAUUAAUCCAGCGAAUCGAUGCUAG